GGCGGUGACAGCUCCCCUCUCACUCCUAACCUGAGGCAGUGCCGAGCACACAGAGGGUUUCGGGGAGUCCGUGACAUUGAGCUCAUACUCGGGGCACAGCUCGAGCCCGGGAGAUAGAGACCUACCGGGUGCCAGGACCCUCACUACCCACCUCCUCCCCCCCCCCCCUCCCUGCUGUAUCGGAAGACAUGGAGCACCGGGCAGUGCUGUGUGCUGCGCUACUGCUGCUAGUGGCGCACCUGCCCCGGGAGCUGAGGGCACAGAGGAGCCAGUCUGGAGGAAGCGAGUACGGGGUGAAGCUGUGCGGCCGAGAGUUUAUCCGGGCGGUGAUCUUCACCUGCGGGGGGUCCCGGUGGAAGAGGCUGUCCGUGGGAGACGAGGAGAGCCCGGGUUACCGGAGCAGGGCAGCAGACAGAAUCAUGCAGGAUUUCAAUAACAAAGAACUAAACGAACUCAAACUGCAUUCACUUUUGGGAUCACAUGUGCAGCAGCUUCAGAAGACCGAGUUUCCUUUCAGGCAACAGCCACCGAAGGACUCAUUUGAGAUAGUUGAUGAUUACAAAGACUAUUUCCCGUUGUCUGAUGACUUCAGUGACUAUGUACAGCAGGUGGAAGAGAGCACCCGAAAAGCUCCAAGUGGAGGAAAACUCAACGUUGCUUUAGAAUCCGAUGGAUUCCCAUGGAUGAAGUUCCCUAGCAGGAGAAGGAGGGAGUCUUCUGUUGGUGUUGCAGGCAUUUGCUGUAAAUGGGGUUGCACAAAAGCAGAGAUCAGCACCUUGUGUUAAGGUGUAAAAUAAAAUGCACUUGUGGCAUAUAGCGUGCACAGACUUUAAUGAAAUGAUGUGGAUUACCCUAUUGAGUACUUCACAGAGGGACAUCAUUAAAUAUUUGGUUCCUCGCUGGUUUUAUCUAUACUGAAGGCCUUACUUGGGCCUGGAGUAGUUAAUGUGUUUCAUUUACAGUUUGUCAAUAAAAGUAUUUUCUGUUU